UUCCUUCUCUCCGCUAGCCGGAAGUCGUGAGGUCUGAAUGAGUCAAAGCCGGCGGUCUUGGCUCCUCAGCUCCACCUGACAGUAGGCCGCUGAUUGGCCGCCGGUCUGGUCGACCGCUAGGCCACCAGGUUCAUGUGGAGGCUCCCAGGCCUUCGCGCCGCGCUUCGGAGGAUCCGGACGGCGGUGGAGCAGCUGAGCCGAGCUGAAGCAGAGAGCGAGAAGGCAGCGGGAGCGAUGGAACGAGCUGUAGUGCGCUGUGUACCCUCUGAACCUAAGCUGAGCCUGUCAUUCGCUUUGGCUGAUGGCAGCCACAAGAACAUGCAGCGCGACCAGAGCGAGCCGCUGGGUCGAGUCCUCAGCCGCAUCGCUACCAAUGCCCUAAAGGGUCACGCUAAGGCGGCCGCCGCCAAGAAGAGCAGGAAAAGCCGGCCGAAUGCGAGCGGCGGUGCGUCCUGUUCAGGGCCGGGGUCCGAGCCGGCGGUGGCCUGCGAGCCUGUGGUGAAGCUGUACUACCGGGAGGAGGCAGUGGCUGAGGACGUGCUCAACGUGGACGCCUGGCAAGACGGCGCGGUGCUGCAGAUCGGCGAUGUUAAGUACAAGGUGGAGCGCAACCCGCCCGCCUUCACCGAACUGCAGUUGCCGCGCUACAUCAUGGCCGGGUUCCCUGUGUGCCCCAAACUCGGCCUGGAAUUUGGAGAUCCCGCCGGCUCCCUCUUCCGCUGGUACAAGGAAGCCAAGCCCGGAGCGGCGGAGCCUGAGGUCGGUGUCCCCUCGCCAUUGUCUCCCUCCUCUCUUUUUUGGGCCGAGACUGAAGUGCAGGAGCGCGUCUACACUCCGUCCAAUGCCGACAUCGGGCUAAGGCUCAAGCUUCAUUGCACCCCAGGCGAUGGGCAGCGCUUUGGGCCCAGCCGGGAGUUGGAGAGUGUGUGUCGGGUAGAGGCUGGGCCUGGCACCUGCACUUUUGACCACCGGCAUCUCUACACGAAGAAGGUAACGGAGGACGCUUUUAUCCGCACUGUCUCUUACAACAUCCUGGCAGACACCUACGCGCAGACUGAUUUCUCGCGAACGGUCCUGUACCCAUACUGUGCCCCCUACGCCCUGGAGCUCGACUACCGCCAGAACCUUAUCCAGAAGGAACUCACCGGCUACAACGCCGAUGUCAUCUGUUUGCAGGAGGUUGACCGAGCAGUGUUUUCUGACAGCUUGGUACCCGCCCUGGAGGCCUUCGGGCUAGAGGGGGUGUUUCGAAUCAAGCAGCACGAAGGCCUGGCCACUUUCUACCGAAAGUCUAAGUUCAGCCUUCUUAGCCAGCAUGACAUUUCGUUCCACGAAGCCCUUGAGUCCGACCCGCUUCACAAAGAACUGCUGGAGAAACUAGUUUUGUACCCAUCAGCGCAGGAGAAGGUGCUCCAGAGAUCCUCUGUUCUUCAGGUAAACUUUAAUAGUACACCAUCAACAGGAAUGUAUCAUUUUGUCAUCAAUGGCAGCAUUCCAGAGGAUCAUGAAGACUGGGCUUCCAAUGGGGAGGAGGAAAGAUGCAACAUGUCUCUUACGCAUUUCUUCAAGCUGAAAAGUGCUUGUGGUGAACCUGCUUACACAAAUUAUGUUGGUGGCUUUCAUGGAUGUCUAGAUUACAUUUUCAUUGACUUAAAUGCUUUAGAAGUUGAACAGGUGAUUCCAUUACCUAGUCAUGAAGAAGUUACCACCCACCAGGCCUUACCUAGUGUUUCCCAUCCCUCUGAUCACAUAGCACUUGUAUGUGAUUUAAAAUGGAAAUAGAUGUGUGUCUAAUGGAACUGAAGUCUGAAAAGGAAGUAGUUACUUUAGCAAAAAAAUUUAAUAUGAAUCAAAGUUUUUAUGUAAUCUUUGAAGGGGAAUGGUAAAUGUUCAAUACUCCUAGUUAUGUUCCAGAUGUCUUUAUUAUGAAACUGUUAAUGUUUGCAUCACAAAUCUUCUCUUUCCUUUUCUUCUCUACAUUUGGAGGAGAAACAGAUAUAUUUAUGACUAGCAAAAUAGAAAAUUGAAUUAUUUUUCUCCAAUUUGAGGCUCUCAGAAAAAAAAAGGAAGAUUCAAUUAUUGUGUACAUUUUUUUUUGUUUUUGAGACGGAGUUUUGCUCUUGUUGCCCAGGCUGGAGUUCAAUGGCACAAUCUCAGCUCACUGCAACCUCCGCCCCCUACCCUCACCCCAGGUUCAAGUGAUUCUCCUGCCUCAACCUCCUGAGUAGCUGGGAUUACAGGCACUCACCAACAUGUCCAGGUAAUUUUCGUAUUUUUGGUGGAAACGGGGUUUCGCCACGUUGGACAGGCUGGUCUUGAACUCCUGACCUCACAUGAUCCUCCCACCUCAGCCUCCCAAAGUGCUAGGGUUACAGGCAUGAGCCACCAUGCCUGGCCCUUGUGUACAUGUUUUUAUAAGUGAAUUUUUUUAGCUAGUACUUCAGAAUUUUUAAAGUACCAUUUGAAUGAUCUUAAUUUUUCUUUCAUAACAACACAUUCCAAACUGAAUCAUGUUUAUGUAUUAAGAGGGAAAACAUAUAUAAGUGAAGGUGAGAGACUAAGUUAUAGGUGACGUUAGAGACCUAAGAUGAGAGACCUAAAACAUGGAAGGUAUAACGUUAGGGUCUACCUCUACCUCAAUUUAGUUAGCGAUUUACUACAAUUUCAGAGCUUUAACAAAAGAUAAAAAGAUAUCGUCACCAAUUGUUAUUGCUUCUCAUCUUUCAUUUUUCAACGAACAAGUAAAGUAUUUUCAUUCUUAUUUUUAGGAUUUUAGUUUUUAGUGUAUGGUACAAAUGAACACAGUUUAUAUUCUAAUUCUUACUGCAGCUCAUUUUAAUUUUUAGGAUGCAAGCACAAUUUAGCAUUCAAAAUUUAGUAUUCAAAUUCACAAUUUAGUAGCAACAUACUCAACUUGAUCUCAUUGUCUUUAAUUACUCUUGCCCAUGAGAAAUGUUCACAAAUGAACAGGGUAUCUGACCAUAUGAUAUUAGAGAAUACAGCACAAUACAUUAUAAGAAACUACCUAUUGAUACAGGCUUGAAAUUUUGGAUGAAUCAUUGAGCAUUUCUAUGCUGGAAGUAAUUUCAAAAUUGUUGGUUUUUAUAAAUAGGAAAAAGGGUGAGUAGUGGGACUUUUAGGCAUCUCUGAAAUAAAAAAAUACUAUUCUUUUUAAAGACAAGCAUUAUAAUUUGAGUUACAGACAACAGUGUGUAUAUAUGUAAUAUAUAUGUAGUAAAAGAAAAUUUAAAUGUGAAACCAAACUUUUUAAAAUUAGAAAUUGCAAAUGGUUACGCUGAUUAGUGUCUAGCCUAGAGUGGUAACGGAGCUUUACUAAUUAAAUUGUCAAAUACAUUAUUUAUAAUACUUUAGCUGUUGCUUUUUUGAUGUUCAGGAUAACUAUGUUAUCUCAUUUCUGCAUUUAAUUAAUAGCUUGGGUAUUAAAAGCCCACCCCCUUCAGGAAAAGCUUUGGUUUUCCCCAGUCAGGAAAGCCCUUGUUUCAAAUUCUUUAAUCUCUGAACCCAGUAUCAUAAAAAUUUUCCUCUUUUGAUACCAUCUGUACUUUCAUAUUCUGCUCACUAUCAAAUGUAUGGUUAACUUUUAGUAAGUUUGAUAAUGAAAGGGUUUUAUCUGCACUUGACCAAGGGAAAAAUGAAAAUGGAAGUUUCUUGGGAUCUUGUUUAGAAAAAAAGUAUAAAUAAAAAAUUGAUGCCACCAAAUUGUGCCUUCCUAAAUACCAUUUUUGAGAGCAUUUUAACAGCAGUUGUUUACAAAUAUGUAAAUAAUAGAUUAAAACCCAAACCUGA